GAUCGUUGAUCGGUUGCGCCUCCUGGUGAACUGCAGUCCCCGGCAACGCGCAGCUUUCAGCGCCUAAUAUCAGCUUUAACGGCAGCAGCGAUUAUUCCUGGGUUAAAGAGAAAUCAGAGACCCCUGGACUGGAGCUGAGCUCUUGCUGUGGAAGUUUGGUGCAACUUUGCCCCGGACGGAGCUGACCGUUGAACGUCUUUAAAGCCUGCGGACAUGGAAUAGAGCAGCGGACUGAGGCCUGCGGAUAACUGACGUUAGCUAGCUGAGCUAGCUUUUGUGAACCUGUCCAUAUUUGUUUGGGUGGCCGUGCUAGCUUUCUAUGUGCUAUUUUUGUUAGCAUAACAGCCAAGCAUAUUUGCUAUUUUUUUCUGAUGCGGUUAUAUUAAAGGAACCGGCUGAGGGCCACUGCGGUUAUUCGUUUCCCGAAGUUUCGCCAAGUUUAAGUUCCCUCUGAGCUAACGGUAUCUAAUAAGGAAACCAGCCAGCUUCGUCUUUGUCGUAACGUAUAAAGUGGAGGGAUGAUUUCUAUGCCACACUGAUAUAUACAUAUAUAUAUAUAUAUAUUGCAAGGGAUUGUACGUUGAUGAUUAAACAUCAGUUAGAGGCAGUCCAGACUGCACGGUGUCUCUGUUCCUUGAAGGGUUUACACUUCCCAUCUCGAGUUCUUUGCACCCCGUCCCACCGACCACUGUCUCCUGUCUCCGGCCGGCUUCAGAGGCUGGCCGCACGGCACUGAGUGCCCAAUGGAGGAACAUGACAACAUGGACUAUUUUUACCAGCAGGUACUGCAGAAAGAUGUUACCCGCAGGUUGCAGGUCGGACAGGACCUUAUUGACUAUCUGAACGAUCCGCAUCGCUCCCCGGACGUAGAGCAGGACAAACCCCGGCUGGACAAGACUAUAGACGAGUUAACGGGAUGGGUGAACUCCAGCAAUUUCAAGGUGGCGUUGUUGGGGAUAGAUAUCUGUGGGGCAUUUGUGGACCGCAUGGGAGAGCGGUUUAAAGGAUACCUCGGCACAGUGUUGCCAGCUCUGGUGGACAGGCUGGGUGAUGGGAAGGACCAGGUCAGGGAGAACAGCCAAGCCCUCAUCCUUCGCUGCAUGGAACAGACUGCCUCGCCAAUGUAUGUUUGGGAAAGGCUGCUUCCUGGUUUAAAGCACAAGAACUUCCGCUCUCGAGAAGGAAUCUGCCUCUGUCUCAGUGCCACGCUCAGCAUGUAUGGAGCCCAACCGCUGAGCCUCAGUAAAAUAGUUCCUCAUCUCUGCUCGCUGACAGGAGACCAAAACCCACAGGUACGUGAGGCGUCAAUAACAACGCUGGUGGAUGUUUAUCGUCACGUUGGAGAGAAGGUCAGAGCAGACAUUGGAAAGAGAGGACUUCCAGCUGCACGGUUACAGACGAUAUUUGCUCGUUUUGAUGAAGCCUUGAAUUCAGGCAACAUGGCUCUCAGCCCGAGUCACGAUCGUAGUUUUGAUGAUGACGACAGUGUGGAUGGAAGUCGCUCUUCCUCGGCCCAAGCUGCCUUCAAGGUUCCCAAAGUUCCCAAAAAGCCUGCAGAGUCGUCCGCUGCUCGCAGGCCCAGCGCUACUGGUGGCAAGCUAGUGUCCAAGGAAAGUGCCGGGGCAGUUGAUGAAGAGGAUUUUAUUAAAGCCUUUACAGAUGUCCCUACUGUCCAGAUCUACUCAACAAGAGAUCUUGAUGACAACCUGAAUAAGAUCCGCGAGAUUUGCUCUGAUGACAAACACGACUGGGACCAGAGAGCCAACGCUCUUAAGAAAAUCCGCUCCCUGCUGGUGGCAGGCGCGGCCAGCUACGACUGCUUCUACCAGCACCUACGGCUACUAGAUGGAGCUUUCAAACUGUCCGCUAAAGACCUGCGCUCACAAGUGGUCCGAGAGGCCUGUAUCACUGUGGCCCACCUCUCAUCAGUGCUGGGGAAUAAAUUUGACCACGGAGCGGAAGCCAUCGUUCCCGUCCUGUUUAACCUCAUUCCCAACUGUGCCAAAGUCAUGGCCACCUCUGGUGUCUCUGCUAUCCGAAUCAUCAUACGGCACACCCACGUUCCUAGACUCAUCCCCCUGAUAACCAGUAACUGCACAUCCAAGUCUGUAGCAGUGAGAAGGCGCUGUUAUGAUUUCUUGGACCUUCUGCUACAGGAAUGGCAGACCCACUCUCUAGAACGACACACUGCAGUCCUGGUUGAGAGCAUCAAAAAAGGAAUUCGAGAUGCCGACUCAGAGGCCAGAGUGGAGGCUCGCAAGGCCUACUGGGGUCUGAGGAACCAUUUUCCAGCAGAAGCUGAAGCUCUUUACAACUCCUUAGAGCCUUCAUACCAAAGGACCCUCCAGUCCUGCCUGAAGAGCUCUGGCAGCGUGGCCUCACUUCCCCAGAGUGACCGCUCCUCAUCUUCAUCUCAAGAGAGCCUCAAUCGGCCUCUAACUUCUAAAUGGUCAGCAGCACCGGGGCGAGUCCCUGCGGGUUCAAAGGGUGGGGUGUCAUCGACCUCCCUGCAGCGUUCCCGUAGCGACGUGGAUGUUAACGCAGCAGCAGUUGCUAAAUACCGGCACGUCGGGCAAACCGGGGGAGCGGGCCGUCUGCCCCCGGGGUCCUACUCCUCACUGGAUGAUGCCUCUGAUAAAACGGAUGGUCGUGUGCGUACCAAGCAGCCUUUGUCUACUGCCAGCACCGUGUCGAGUCAGGUGGACUCGAGAGGACGCAGCCGCACCAAGAUGGUGUCCCAGUCACAACGUUCCGACGAAUCCGAUUGCACACCAGGAUCUCAGUCUGCUACCCCUGUCGGUGCUGGUAGUCGGAGCGGCUCCCCUGGUCGCGUGCUGACAAGCACGACCCUGAGCACCAUGAGCACCGGGGCUCACAGGGUGCUGGCUGGAUCCACCGGGGAUGGACACAGACGCAGCCGCAUCCCCCGCAGCCAGGGCUGCUCCAGAGACUCAUCACCCACCCGCCUGUCUGUGGCUCCUUCUAGCAUUAGUUCCAUCUACAACGGAGCAAGCAGAGGAGCUCGGGGCAGUCGUAUCCCGCGGCCCAGUAUGAGUCAGGGCUGCAGCAGAGAGGCCAGCAGAGAGAGCAGCCGGGACACCAGCCCCGUACGCUCCUUCACACCUCUUGCAACGCGGAGCUACUCUCGCUCCACCGGAGCUCUUCACACACCUGAUGCUUUUGGGGCUGCAGGAUCAGGUUUUGGAAUCAGUCAGUCAAGCCGUCUCUCUUCUUCAGUCAGCGCUAUGAGGGUCCUGAACACUGGUUCAGAUGUAGAAGAGGCUCUCGCAGAUGCGCUGCUGUUGGGAGACAUGAGAUCCAAGAAGAAGCCAGCACGGCGACGGUAUGAGAAUUACGGCAUGUACUCUGACGACGAUGCCAACAGCGACGCAUCCAGCGCCUGUUCAGAGAGAUCCUACAGUUCCAGAAAUGGAGGGGCCAUCCCCACCUACAUGAGACAAACAGAAGAUGUAGCUGAGGUGCUCAAUCGUUGUGCCAGUGCCAACUGGUCUGAGAGGAAGGAGGGUCUACUGGGCCUUCAGGCUUUGCUUAAAAACCAGCGCACCCUGAGUCGGGUUGAGUUGAAGAGGCUCUGUGAAAUUUUCACCAGGAUGUUUGCUGACCCUCACAGUAAGCGAGACUCCGGCAGGGUGUACGGCACGGCAGAAUCCGGUAUAAGCUCAGCCUCCUUCAAGAGAGUGUUCAGUAUGUUCCUGGAGACACUGGUAGAUUUCAUCCAGGUCCAUAAGGACGAUCUGCAGGACUGGUUGUUUGUCCUGCUUACACAGCUUCUGAAGAAGAUGGGAGCGGACCUGCUGGGAUCCGUGCAGGCUAAAGUGCAGAGAGCCCUGGAUGUCACAAGAGAAUGUUUUCCCAACGACCUCCAGUUUACCAUUCUCAUGAGGUUCACUGUGGACCAAACACAGACGCCCAACCUCAAGGUGAAGGUGGCUAUUCUGAAGUACAUCGAGACACUGACAUUACAAAUGGAAGCUCCGGACUUUGUGAACUCCAGCGAGACUCGGCUGGCUGUUUCCCGCAUCAUCACCUGGACGACUGAACCCAAGAGCUCAGACGUCAGAAAGGCAGCCCAGUCGGUGCUAAUUGCCCUGUUCCAGCUCAACACUCCAGAGUUCACCAUGCUGCUAGCAGCUCUGCCCAAAACCUUCCAGGAUGGAGCCACCAAGCUACUUCAAAACCACCUGAAGAACACAGGCAAUGCUGCACAGGCACCAGUGGGCAGCCCUAUGACACGUCACACCCCCCGAUCUCCAGCCAGCUGGUCCAGUCCAGUCACUUCGCCCACUAACACAUCCCAGAACACCCUCUCACCAAGUGCUUUUGACUAUGACACAGAAAACAUGAACUCAGAGGACAUCUACAGCUCACUGAAAGGUGUCACAGAGGCGAUCCAAAACUUCAGCGUUCGCAGCCAAGAAGACAUGAAUGAACCCGUCCAGCGGCGAGAAGGAGAGGAGGGGGGCAGUGGGACAGAUGGCAGACUGUCAGAUAUGGGCGACGGCGGGCGUAUGGCUCUGGACAAUAAAACGUCUCUUCUCAACACCCCCCUGCUCUCCUCCAGCCCCCGAGUAUCCCGCGAAUACUUGUCUGACUCUCCCUUUAAACACAGCCGCAAAGACACCAGCCUGGACGACUCGGAGCUUCAAACUGAUGAUAGCAGCCUGGAUCAGUCGGAGCUGGUGGCCGAGCUCCUCAAGGAGUUAUCCAAUCACAACGAGCGCAUAGAAGAGAGGAAGGCAGCGCUGUGUGAGCUGCAGAAGCUGAUACGCGAAAACACCCUGCAGGUGUGGGACGAACACUUCAAGACCAUCUUGCUGCUCCUGCUCGAGACGAUGGGCGACAGAGAGCAUGUGAUCCGAACGCUGGCUCUGCGGGUGCUGAGGGAGAUUCUCAGCAAGCAGCCCUGGAGGUUUAAGAACUACGCAGAGCUCACCAUCAUGAAGGCCCUGGAGGCUCAUAAAGACCCGCACAAGGAGGUGGUUCGAGCAGCUGAGGAGACGGCAGCCAUGUUGGCGUUGUCCAUCAGUCCAGACCAGUGUAUCAAGGUGUUGUGUCCCAUUAUCCAGUCAGCUGAUUACCCAAUCAACCUGGCCGCCAUCAAGAUGCAGACCAAAGUGGUGGAGAGGAUUCCCCGCGAAGGCCUGAUUAGCCUGCUGCCCGAGAUUGUACCAGGACUCAUACAGGGUUACGACAACUCUGAGAGCAGCGUGAGGAAAGCCUGUGUGUUCUGCCUGGUGGCCAUCUAUUCAGUGAUAGGAGAGGACCUCAAACCGCACCUCAGCCAACUGUCCAGCAGCAAGCUGAAGCUGUUGAAUCUGUACAUCAAGCGCGCCCAGUCCGGCACCACCGGCAACGAACCCUCAACCGAGGGCCUAUAGGAUACAGAGCGCCGUCCCACAGGGCAACUACAGAACUGCAGCUAUGCCCACCCAACAUAAACCAUCUGUUCAUGAGAACACAGCAACACAGACUGAGAACAAAGCAUUCACAGGAGCAAACUACAUACACCACACACACACACACACACACACACACACACAGCUGUUAGGUACACACAGUCAUCACACAUGCAGAGGAGAGUUGUAGUUCUACUCGCCAUUUCUUAGGAUCCCUUCUGACUGAACUGAACCCUCAAACUCGGAUUAAACUUAAACAGACAUGCAGUCACACCCUCCACAGGUUUGUCACUACUCACUCAAGGAUGAAGAUAUUAAACGCCCGUCCUGUUCGCUCCGCUCCAUAUCCACAACACAGUCCCUCUGAACAGCAUCUCGAGGUCAACAGGAAGUGGUGCAUCUGCAUGGUUCUCAUUUCCCUGGGCGGUAAUAUUCCUCCAACGGUGCUGUCUCCUCGUUUCCUUCUCGAACACUCAUUAACUUGGGGGAGGGGGGUGCCAGGUAGACGGGAAUGUAAUUUUACAUUGUGUCAUAGUUUGGAUUUCUUUUACGCAGAGAGGUUUUACUGCAGUGGUUUUUAAUACCCGGAGUUUUCUCUCUCACUCAGACGUCAACACGUGUUUCAAAAAGGUGCUGAUGAGCCUGAACGGUACGACCGGCCGACCCCAGCACACACAGCACUAACACGAGUCAAAGUGGGUCCUGCCUGCUCAUAGCAAAUACAGUACAUACAGAUUCCAAAGUUUAGGAGGCGUUAUGUGCUUGGCUAUGCAUGAGACGAAAUUUAAAAGAUUAAUAACUUUUUAUUGGGGUCUGUUGUCAGAGUGCUCUGACUGGGGUUUUAAAUUAAUGUGAACAGUGUCCGCCCCUUUCAGAUAAAUCCAUGAUGUCCUCCAUUUCUCCCAUCUCGGAUCAGUUCUGGGCAACACGUGGAGAAAGAUGGCUGCUUACUACAUGAAGUAUGACAGGACAUGGCUUAUUAUCACAUAGUGGAUAUGUAUCUAUAUAUGAUAUUAAAAUGGAGUAUCCAAAUAACAGUGUCAUUCAGGGGAGUUCCCCAGAGGGGGGUGCACGCGCGCACCUGUGCCCAUCCUUGUUUUAUUUUUAUUUUUUUUCCCUCUCUCUCUCUCUCACACACUUAUUUUGUUUAUCUCUGCUGAGAAAUUUGUAGAAAUGUAUUAUUUACAGCUCUGGAAAAAAAGAAAUAAGUCAUGUCUCACUUUUCUCCUGUUCGUGUCUUUCUUUCCUUCCUCUUCUUGUAACAUUCUAGUUUUCACUGUUGUUUCCUCCGUGCAUUUACAAAGCUGUGCUUACAAUAAAAUAAAGAACUUGUACAGAUCA